CAAAUCUCACAGUUGUCUUUUGUUCAAAAGAUGCUAAGCAAACACCAACAUGAUUUCACAAAAGAGGUUAUAAUUUUCAUUUUUAUUAUGUAAUGAGUUUUUUUAUAAUUUCUAAAUUGAACUAGGUAAAUGUAUGCAAAAUAUGCUUAAUGUUAUUAUCUGUGUUUUAUAUGCUGGAUUAAUGUAAAAUGAUAUUGACUGAAAAAGAUAAUUUUGAAGGCACUUUAAACAUUAAUAUCGAUUUUGCCACUAAUUCAUAAUCGAACUUUUGAAUUUCUGACUAAUGAGAAUUCCUUUUCAUUGUGGAUAAUUAAGUCGAAGUGUUUCAGAUCUAGCCAAUUCUGAAACAUUUAAAAAAAAUGACAUUUAUACUGUAACUCGUUUCUAUCCAUAAGGGAAACAUGCCUGACAUUAACGAGGCGGAUCUAGAAAAAACAGUAGAGCAACUGGAAUUGGCGUUGAAAGUAUUUAAGAACGAUUUACACCCAAGUCGAUAUAAAGAAGGUACAUACCUACAACAACAUGCACCUAUUGGCUGUAGAGUUAGACGUGGAAACGAUUGGAAGUGGACCAACCAAGACAAUGGCGGUCCUGGGACUAUUGUUGGGCAUUUGUACGAUGAACUACGCAAAUAUUGGUGUUGGGUCGAAUGGGACAUUGGAGGAGACAUAGAUGUUUACAGAUGGGAUGUGCUUGGUAAAUGUGACUUGACUAUCGUUGAUGAAGACAGAGUGCCUGUAGAAGGUGACAUAAUAUCUGUUGGAUGCAAAGUCAAACCUGGAGACAACUACGAAGGAAACUCAUCCCAUGUACUUGGAAUUGCCAUUAAACGCCUAGGUGAUAACAAAGUGCAGGUAAGAUGGAAUGAUGAUGGAUCAAGAGAAGAACUAACCUAUGGAAAAGAGGGAACACUAAGGCAACUGAUGCUUGUAUGUGCUGAAGAAACAAAGAAGAAAGAAAGAAGUCAAAAUGACGCCGAUGACAUUCAAUGUUCAGCUUUAAAAACUACAUCUCCUCUGGCAUCGCCGGUAUUCCUUAAAGUUGAUGACGUAUUUGAGACAACGGCAACUGUACGUUGGAAAGGAAUCAUUUAUGAGAAGAAGAGCUCAUACUCAAAAUACGUAGUGACAUACAUAGAGAAACAGAAGCCACAAAAGAAAAUAGUUGUGGAUGUUGCUGAAGCAUUUUUCUGUAUCUUAGAUGAUCUUAAGCCAGGCACUGAAUAUUCUGUUGAUGUAAAGUUGCUCAGCGAUGAUGGCGAGUCAUUGCCUACAGAGAGUUCAUCAUUCAUAACCAGGACUAAAGAUACAGAUUACUCACUCUUCGAAGGGUGGAAACUUACUGACAAAGAAGCUGCUCGACUUGCACAAGCAUUAGGAGAAAACUGGGAAAUACUCGCUCCGGCGUUAGGAAUACCAAACGUAUCGCUUCAUCAUAUAGUGUAUGAUAACAAAACUAUGACCUUAUGCAUCUAUAAGAUGCUAUUGAAGUGGGUGGAGAACGAUAAAUAUAGUACUUUCGGGAAAUUUUGCGAGGUCCUGAAGAAAAAUCCAAAUGUUUAUGUUGAUCGAUCUAUACUCAAUGAAAUGAAAGAAGAAUAUCGACUGAUAAUAAUGGAGAAAGAAAACGUGCAAAAGGCUGUGUAGCUGAGCUUUACCAUUGACGAUAAAAUCUUUGGACUGGUGUAAAUUUUGAGUUUCUGUAUGUCGCCAGACAGGCGUGACUAUGUCCAUGGUUUAUGUAUAUUUUUUAAAACUUUCCUACGAUUUUGUUUAUCAUUCUAACACGACAUUUUUCCCUUAUAAACAUAGAAGAAACGAAAGUGUGUGUUAUUAUGCUUUAUUAUAUGAUCUAAAUAUAGCUGCAAUCUCAUUGGUCUAAACAGUAGUCAACAGAACUUUUUAUAAAAUCAUAUUUACUGGGUGUAGUAUCAUAUUCACUGGCUGAAUUGGAUUUUCAAAGUCUAAAAAUAGAUUGAGACUCAUAUUCAAUGAUCAUACACCGUAGACUGUUAAUUACGCGUGUUAAUUACAAAAAUAAUUGUUGCUUUUUGUUCUUUUUGGCAUAUUUCUCGAUUAAAAUAUCAAUACUUUACUAUUAUACUUAAAGGUUACACCGCAAUGAUGAGUAUAAACUUGAAUUAUUGUUGUAUGCGCAGCGUUCGCGUAGUCGUUGCACGCCUAGCACGUGCGUCUUUUUUCCCGCGCUUCAACGAGGCAAAAUUUGUACAUGUAUAAUAAUUAUAAGGUUGUACUUUUCUGAUUUUUUUUAAAUUUCUUAGCCUAUUCAUAUAAUAAAACAAUUAUUGACUAGUGAACCAUUGAAUAUGAUGUGAUAUUCACCGGCAGAAAGUCAUAUUGACCUCGGCUAUCGCCUCGGUCAAUAUGUCAUCUGCCGGUGAAUAUCACAUCAUAUUCAAUGGCUCACUAGUCAAUAAUUGUAUAAUAAAAUCACUGCUUGACGUUCUAUAUUUAGACGUAAUCAUUAUACACGUGACGUAACCACUAAAUAUCUGACGCGCUGACAAUAAGUACGGAAACAAAUCAGGCGCAAUUUAGCUGAAUAUCAGGUACGGCAGCAUCUAUUUGUUGAUGUCAUCUUAGAAUCGAAAUAAUAUAUCCAAAUCGGUGAUUUUAUUGCUUGAUAACAUCAAUAUUUGUCGUUUGGAUGCGCAUCAUUAUAUCACUCGGGCUACGCCCUCGUGAUAUAAUUCCCCUCAUCCGAACUCCAAACAGCAAUAAAAUCAAAGUUUGGGAUUUAUUAUAUACUUAUAAAUGAAAUAUUGAGAAAUAUUGAUGAAAUAAAAUAUGUAUUUUGAUUUUUCGUAUUUUCACUGUAAAAAUUUAUUUUUCACUGCAGUGAAACAUAUUUUCCGUAUUUUCACUGGUGUCUUGCCGGACUACUUUCUUUUAAAUUCUGCCAGUACUUAAAAUUUAAGGGAAAGUCUUUCAAAUUUUAAUGUCCAGAAAGAGAAAAAUGUAUAUAAUAAACAGAAAAUUCAAGUUUUUUCUAUAAAUACAUGAUUUAUUUUCAUCUUGUGGCAUGAAAAUUACCAUAUUUCACUCGUGGCUGCCGCCACUCAUGAAAUAUUUAUUUUCAUACCACUCGAUGAAAAUAAAUCAUGUAUUUAUAGAAAAAACUUGAAUAUCCUCUAUAUAUUAUUUCUUAAAUCAUACGAUUACCCGCGACUGAGUCAUGAUCACACACAUAGAAGGUAUAUUUAACCACUAGUUCGAUUACCAUGUUAUUUUCACAGAACACUGGUAAUACAUAUAUUUAUUUAAUUUUACCCAUGAAAUAUGGUGCUAUAUCAGUCAUAUAUAUUUCAUAUUUUUUAAAAAUAAAUAUGAAAUAUAAAUAUGAAAGUGGGCGGAGUCAAAACUCAUAUUUAUUUUAUGGGACUUCUUUCGCCGUUUUGUUUGAAAAAUCUGAUAAAUACGAAACAACUUUUUCUUUAAUUUUGUUUUGAAAACUAUCUAGCAUGAUAGAAAAUGGUCUAACUAAGAAAAUUAAUCCGAACACCAAUAUCUUUAAUUCAGUAAUUAACGCUGUACAGACGUUUAAACAGUUGUUUACAUGACGUCACAAUGUAGCGCCAAACAGCGCGUGCUUACGCAUAAAUUACUGCGCGCUGUACAGUUGCAGUUGGUAGCAAGCAAGGGGAUUCGUUACCAUUUUCUUUGAUAAUGAAAUUAAAUAAAAAGGUUAUUUUUUCGUUUUUCGUGAAAUAUGGUAUAUAUUUUCACUCAACAUGAUAA